UGGGACCGUCAAUCCAUGCGGAGAUGUUGGGAGUUCUUGGACAUGACAGCAGAAGUUUUUCGGCGGUCAUUAAGGAGCUGGAGGGCGACCUUGCACGUACGGUUGCUCUAUUUUAUCUCGUCCUAAGAGGACUCGACACGAUCGAAGAUGACAUGACGAUUCCUGACGAAAUCAAACAACCCAUCCUCCGCUCCUUCCACAUCCACACUGUAACACCAGGAUGGAACUACAAUGGUUGCGGUCCGGCUGAGAAAGACCGACAACUACUUGUCGAGUACGACACCGUCGUGGACGAAGUGAACUUCCUCACUCCUGCGUACAAGGACGUCAUCAUCGACAUCUGCCAAAAAAUGGAGAACGGCAUGGCCGACUACGCGCACAAGGCCGCCACGAUCGGCUCAAUUUACCUGUCCACCGUGGCCGAGUACGACCUAUACUGCCACUAUGUCGCCGGGCUCGUCGGCGAGGGCCUCUCACGGCUCUUCUCUGCGUCAGGCAAAGAGGCUGCGUGGGUCGGCUCCCAGCUCGAGCUUUCCAACUCGAUGGGCCUCCUCCUCCAGAAGACCAACAUCAUCCGUGACUACCGCGAGGACUGUGACGAGCGUCGGUUCUUCUGGCCGAAGGAGAUCUGGGGGCGCAAGGAGUACGGGUUCGCGGAGAUGAAGGAGAUGUGUGGGACGGACCCGGACACGGUGAAGAGGGCGGUGUGGGCGCAGAGCGGGAUGAUUUUGGACGCCCUUCGUCAUUCGACGGACGCGCUGGAUUAUCUGAGGAUGUUGAGGAACCAGAGUGUGUUCAACUUCUGUGCUAUCCCUGCGACGAUGGCGAUCGCAACGCUGGAGCUGUGCUUUAUGAAUAAGGAGAUGUUCCAGCGGAAUAUCAAGAUUCGGAAGGCGGAGGCUGCCAAGGUCAUCAUGCGUUCAACAAACCCCCGCGAAGUCGGCCUCAUCUUCCGUGAAUACGCCCGACGGAUCCACGCCAAAGCCCUACCCUCCGACCCGAACUUCAUCCGCCUCUCCGUCGCAUGCGGCAAGAUCGAGGCGUGGUGUGAGCACCACUACCCCUCCUUCGUCCACUUCAACCCCGAGACGCGCUCGCAGACGCUUGACACCAGCGACGCGCGCGCCAAGGUCGUCCUCGCUGACCAGGCGCUGGAGGAAACCCUCAAGAAGAGGAAACGGAUCGAGGAUCUGAGGAAUGGGGUGGUGGCUGGAGGUGCGAAUGGGCAGGGCCAGGGCGCGUAUGAGGCGAAGAGUGUGGGCACGGGAGAGCUGGUGAUGUAUGUUGGGGCGGCGUUCGUGCUCAUCAUUGCACUGAGUAUGGGGAUUGUGUGGACGGUGAUGAAGUACACGGAUGGUGCAUAAA